GGCAGAAGCACUUUUGUGCUUAGUGACGAACGAGGAACCUGCUAAUUUUUCCCUAAUUGACUAUAAAUUACAAGACAUGGGACGAACAAGAAAAGGACUCUGACCGUCCGGCAGAAUUGAGGUUAGGUUUGCUCAAGAUUCUACGAGUUUGGGGAGUUUGUUAUAGCGAAAUAUUGAUUUGUUGGAAAAUGUAAGUCAAGGUCAUUGCUGAUGGAGGGGGUAAGGAGGAGAUUCCAAGAAAUCAACGAACAUUUCUGAACUUGUUUUUGGGGUUUUAGCAGAGAAAGUUGGAGGUUAGGAUAUUCGGAAAAUUUUUAUCUUCAUUCCAAAUGUGUUUCGUACGUUUCGUAUAUUAUACCCUCCAGCUCACAAUCACGUGGUACAUGAUGAUCUGCAUAAAAAGUGAUGAUGUUCAUUCAGAAAGAAACACAUGAAAAUAUUGGAUGAAAUGUUCAGUGGGCUAUACCUGCAGCUGCUGAUGAGUUACCUCAACAUCUGCGUGAUUGGAUUUCAGUUAGUGGUAGUGAUGGUCUGGUGAUGAAGUUUGUGUAUACAUUCAAGAGACGGUGUGGAUGUAACCUGUCGAAAGAUUAUUUUGAUGCCCUGCGUGUGGAAGGAUACGAGGAGGAGACCGUUGCAUUUAUUUCUUGGGUCGAAGUUGAAGGGAAGAAAUCAAAAAUGGAUAUACAUAAGCGCGCAACCUAAAGAAAAGGAGAAGCAGCAAACUAUAGAAAAAGAAGAAGAAGAAGAAGGAUAGAAGAAGACCUUGCUGCAGAGAUUCAAAAGAGAUUCUCCAGAAGGGCUUCUUUUCGGUUGUCUCGCAGCUGUCCUUCGCCCUCUGCCUCCCUCUAUCUCCCCCCUUGGGGUUUUUUCUUCUUUUCUUCAAAAUCAAAUAUACCUACGACGACGACGACAGCAGGAGAAGUUUUAGGAGAGUCUCGAGGAGGAAUAGAAUAAACUUUUUUUUGGGGUGGAAAAAAUAAAGUCAUCAGCAGUGGAGAAAUAAAAAGAAGACACUUGGACAGCAGUGGAAAAUGAAGCCAAAAUAAUUUGGACACCUUGCUUCGAUUUAUAUUAGAUACAAUAUAUAGAGGGAAUAAAAACAUUAAGGCAUGUGCACCAUACCACGUGUUGAUUUGAUGCUGGUGCAAUUUGAGUAUCGCUGCCGCUGCUGCUGUUCACCAGCGUUUCAUUUAUAUAAGCAGAAGGUGCUCGACGUUCCAAUGUGGUAAAGUGAGACAGCUUGAAUACGCCUAGGAGCAAGAGUCAAAACGAAAGACAGAGAGAAGAAUAUAUAUAGAGGGAGUUGAAAUGGUCAGAGAAUUGAAAGCAAAAGGGCGAGGUGGUGCAGGACUUGCAGAUGGUGGAAAUCUCGGGAAUAAAGCCAGAAGGAGGGAAGGCAGCUUUUUUCGGGACUGAGGGGGUCAGAAGAGAAGAUCGCAGAGUAGGUGAAUUGAUGGGGAAAAGGAAAUAUCGAGGAUAUUCGGCCCCACACACUACUAUAUAUACAACGGAUCCGCCCUUCACUGAAAUUGUACCAAGCAGUACCAAGUGAGGUGGCUCAGUGACAACAUUGCUGGACUCGAAACGGGACUAUGGGGCUGGUGUUUGCUGUUCGAUUCUUCGUGACUGUAGAUUUUUUCGUCUCGGGCGGAAUUUCAACAAUUUCGAGUGUCUGGCUUCGUCUUGGAGAAUUGAUUACCAAGUGAGGUACGUGGCUCAGUGGCAACUCUAUACUGAUGGACUCAAAAGAGCAUCAAGUACCGUGGUUCGAUUCUUCCCAACUGUGGAUAUUUUUCUUUGCGAAAUUUCUUCAACUUCGGUGCGUUAUCUGUGCGCUUCGUUGUGGAGAAUGGAAUACUUCAAAUUUGGAGGUGAAGUUUAAAUCGUUUAAAUAGAACUGCGCAGCUAUUUUCCAAGUCGAUGCGUGAACAAAAUAUAUUGCUGCGUUUUUCCUUUGAUGUUAUUAUACAGUUUUGUCAAUUGCCGUGUUUAAGAAGAGAUGCAGUGCGCAUUUUGGUUUAAGCGAUAUUAGCGCUCCGAUUUUGAUACGAACCAAAAGGAACUACGAAAACUAGUGUCACAAUUUUAUUCACAUCAACAAAGUGAUUGCAGCGUGACUGAAGAAAAUGGAAAUGUAUUCAUGAGGGCAUUCCAGAGCAGAAUCCAGAACAACUUAUAUACUCGACUCUCAAGUGCGUAUACGCACGUAUCGCCAUCAUCAAUUUUGGAGUAUGGCUUUUUAGGACACCGUCACUCUCGAUCAGGUUGUACAAACCACUAUACUAUAUAUAUACAACACGUAAGCGUAAAACGCAUCCAAAGACGCGUACACACUCUCGUAUGACGUCAGUGGAAGGUGGCACGCGUCGCGUGCCAUCCAUUUCAAACGAAGGGGGUGGGAGUUGUCUCUCUGUCUUUCUUCCGCUCUUGCUCACCAACUUUCCCCUACUACUACCCCCACACACACACACACCCAAAAAGUAGGGGAAAAACUCAUCUUUCUCUCACUCUCACUGCGACUCAAUUUACUCAAUUCACUCAAUUUCGUAUAUAAUGAAAAUGCACUUUAAGUUUUGAAAAUGUAACAGACAAAGAGAAAGAUAUGACAGUUUGACAAGGAAGUCAGAAGAGUGUGUGUCUCUUCACCGGUGGUUGGGGUGUCUCGUCGUGGCCGAGUGGUGGGGGUGGGCGCGUGCAGCCGGCUUGCAGCUGCCUCCCCCUCUCCCUCUCUCACUCAGCCACCAGCCCCUCGUUUUGAAUUCGUUUUUCCCCCCACCGGCCCGAUGGGACCAUGAUUAUAAGUAGGGGUGCUGCCCGUUUACUACCUCCAGUCGAGGGUUGCACAUUACAAGAGAUGCGUCGUUCAUUUCAUAAAAACGCGUGGUGAAAAAUAUCGUAUUUUUCUCAAGUGCUUGUAGUUUUCGUGGAAAGUGAAAAAGAAAAAGAAAAGUGCCUUUACUUUUGGAUUAACAAGAACCCGAGAAAUCUUUUUUUGCUUUUGGAAGAAUUUUGUGUUUCGAAUUCUGUUUGACAGAGUUCGAUUUGGCCAUCUGUCGAUUCCAAUGUGUGCCGGCGCGGCGCGCUUUAUGGUGUGUGAUUUUUGCGUUGUGCGGCGCUAGUAUCGCGCCGGUAGCGGUGUCGUGCCUGAAGAAGAAGCGAAGAAGAGAGAAAGAGGAGGGUGCAGGGACUGUGUGCGGCCAAGAGUGGGACAGAGUGUGUGUGCGAUACUUAUUACUUUCCCGACGAGCCAACUGGCAGGACGGUGUUUCCGUGUAAAAGAGAGAGGCAAGGGGGCUUUUGAAGCCGCUGAUCCAGUGCCAGUAGUACCCCGGCUGUGGAGUAGUGACUUUCGUGCUUUUUGUGUGUACGUCUCUUUUCCCCCUUUUUUCCCCAUAAGUCCCCUCUUCCCUUUUAUUAUUAUUAUUAAUUAAUUAAUAAAUAAUAACAGUGAAAAUUGACAAAAUUCCAUUUUUCCUCGUGUUGGGGAAAAAAAAAAAUUGUUUUUAAACUUAGCACCGGGAAAAGCAAAGUUUAUAUCGGUGCUUCGUGGAAGAUGCUCUCCUUUGCCAUGUGCGAGAGAAUAGUAAACUAGGCGAGAUUAUUUCGACAACGUGCUCGUUUUUGUAGUGACCGGCGCUUCUCCAAUUGGAUUACUGGAAUAUACAAGUGUCAAAAAAAAGUGCAGUGAUUUUUGAGGAUUUAAUUUUUGUUCUGUUUUUUGGAAAAUUUUUGUCGAAGAAAGAAAGAAAGGCCUAGUUGAAAAGGGGCCUUUUUGUAUAAAUUCGCCGUCAAAACACGGAACACCCUGGUGUUUUGUCCCAGGUGGCUAUGCAGUCGAGUGUUAUUUUAUCAUCGAAUAGAUAACCCGCCGAGAUUCGAGCAAAAAGCUCCUUCGGCGACGAUAUCAGGCGUUGAAUAUCCACGCCAAAAUUAACAAAGUAAACAUGUGGACCACGAUGCUUGUGUGGACGGCUGCCGUCGUUCUAUUACCAUCUCCCCGUGCGGUUCACGGCGCGGGUGUAUUCGAGCUGAGGCUAAGAUCGUUUGUGAAUGAAUACGGGAAGGAUAGUUUAGGAGAGUGUUGCUCGGGAAGUACAACAAGGACAGGAGAGUGUUCGGGUGCUUGUAAAAUUCGUUUUCGGGCGUGUCUCAAACAAUAUCAAAAUACAAUCGACACAUCGACGUCAUGCACCUAUGGAGAUGCCAUCACGCCCGUUCUCGGCGAGAAUUCCGUCAACUUCUCAUCAAUCGAAUCACUCCCCAACUUCUUCAAUCCGCUCAGGUUCCGCUUCGAAUUCUCAUGGCCGGGCUCGUUCUCGCUGAUAGUGGAGGCGUAUCAUGACACGGACAACAUCACGAACAAUACUUCCGAGAAAGUACUGUUGGCGAGAUUAGCGACCCAGAUGUGGUUGGGGAUUGGACCAAAAUGGAUAGAGGUUGAGGAGCAGAAUGCUCAUUCGAUGAUGGCCUACGGGUUCAGAGUGAUCUGCGCGCAAAACUACUAUGGGCAAAAGUGUGAGAAUUUCUGCAGGCCUCGGGACGAUAGAUUCGGGCAUAACAGCUGCAGUCCGACAGGCGAACGUAUUUGCCUCUCGGGAUGGACCGGUGACUACUGCAACAAACCCAGCUGCCUGCCCGGAUGCGACGAGCAACACGGACACUGCAAUCGACCCAACGAAUGCAUAUGUCACACAGGCUGGAAGGGACCGUUUUGCGACCAGUGCGAGAUGUACCCGGGCUGCAAGCACGGAAUUUGUCACAAGCCUUGGGAGUGUCUGUGCGAUGAGGGUUGGGGUGGUCUCUUCUGUAAUCAGGAUCUGAACUACUGUACGAAUCACAAGCCCUGCAGGAACAAUGGCACCUGCUUCAACACUGGCCAGGGCUCGUACACCUGCUCAUGUGCGCCCGGCUUCACUGGUAACGAUUGUGAAAAGUCGCUUUUGGAUUGUCACGCGAAGCCGUGUUUGAAUGGCGGCUCGUGCAGUAUGGAGCGCAACGUUAAUGGGAAUUCGAGUGUCAGCGACACGACGGCAAUUGGGAAGGUGAAUUCGGCGCGGGCCUAUCGUUGCACAUGUCCGGCGGGAUGGCGAGGACGUCACUGUGAGAUUAGCACGAGAUCAUGUCGAGAUUCGCCGUGCUCGCACGGUGCCACCUGCGAGGACGAUUCCCUCAAGGGAUAUACCUGCCUGUGUCCACCGGGCUUCACCGGCCACGAGUGCGAGCAGCAGAUCGACGAGUGCGCGCCCAAUCCGUGUUCGAACGGUGGCACCUGCGCUGACCUUGUCAAUGGCUUCAAUUGCACCUGUCCAUCGGGUUUCGCUGGCGAACGCUGUGAGACCAACAUUGACGACUGCCAGGGCGAUCCGUGCUUGAACGGCGGGACCUGCAAGGAUCUCAUCAAUCAAUUCCGAUGCCUCUGCGUCCCGGGAUUCGUCGGCAGGCUGUGUCAGGACAAGGUUGAUUAUUGCCAGACGAAGCCUUGCGCGAAUGGAGGGAAAUGCAUCUCGGGGACUAAUGACUAUCAGUGCAGUUGCAAGGCGGGAUUCACGGGGAAGGACUGCAGUAUUUUUGUCGACGAGUGCAAGAGUUUGCCGUGCCAGAAUGGAGGGACUUGUCGGAAUGUGGUGAACGGGUUCGUCUGCGAGUGCCAGGAGGGCUACCGAGGCGAGACUUGUGGCGAGGAGGGCUCGGGGACGGCUAUUCUGUCGGCGGCAGCGGCGGCGGCUAUCAACGUUCCGGUGCCACCGUCGGGAGCGAGUUACUGGUCGGGCAACCUGUCGAAGCACGUCGCGUCGGCCGAGGCGACGAACAAGGGGCUGACAACGGAGCAUGUGGUUGUGAUCGCGACGCUGUCGACGGCGGUGCCGGCCUUCGUCCUGGUGGCGGCGAUCGCCGUGAUGUGCAUGAAGCGGCGGCAGAAGAGGGAGCAGGCCAAGGCCGACGAGGAGGCGCGCCUGCAGAACGAGAGGAACGCGGUGCACAGCAGCAUGAGCAAACGCGGUGUCGGAGUGAUUAGUGGGAACACCGGCGGCAAUGGGGGUGGACUGUUGAGCAACGGCAGUGGGAUCGGUAGUGUGUGCACUCUGGGCGCGGGCGACGCUCACAUGAUCAAGAACACGUGGACGGCGAACAAGAGUGUGAACAAUGCUUCCGUGAGAGAGGAUCUCGAUUCCUCGUUUCAAACGGAAGACAGCUCGUGCUCGGGCUACAAGCCGGAGCCCGUUCUCCAGGACGGAAGAUCGAGGUCGACCAAGCAGCUCAAUACGGAAGCUGCCGCGCAUCGAGCCUCGCAUCUUUUCCAGAAGGAGAAGGAGUGCGGCCUCACCGUCGGGGUCGGUGUUAUGGAAUCAAAGAGGACUUCCGUUUUUGCCGGAAAUCCAGCCGACUCUUGUUGUGGGGAGGCGGCGCUGUUGAAAAGGCCGAGCCCGCUGGGCGACGGCAGUCCGGGCGGUGGACCCGGCUCGGACGGUGGAUGUGGUGUUUACGUGAUAGACGAUCAUUAUAGGCAUGACGCGGCUCUCGCGGCAACACUCGCCACCGAAGUGUAGCCGCGCAUGGACCAUAAACAAAAUAUCCUCAAGACUUUCUUUUGUGUUUAGUUCUUUCUUUGUACGAUAUGAAAAAAAAAAAUUAAUUAACGAUAAAAGAAAAAACAAGAGCGGCAAAUGUGUUCUCGGUGUGUCUGUGUUGAUUCGUCGACGAAGAAUGAAUGCGCGCCGUCUUUUUUAUUUUGACGUACGCUAGUUUCGUACGUCACUGCUCUCGAAAGCUAUCGACUCUAGUUUGCAACGUUGCAAACUGAUGGAAAGCGACGAAAGAGCGAAGAAUGCUGUGGGGGUCGCGCGCCCCGUCCGUUUAAGUAUUAAUAUUAUCAAUGCUCGAAGCACUUUUGUACAGAACUAAUUUAUUAUAUUUGUUAUUUACUAUUACUGUGAACGCUAUUAAUAUUAUUGUCACAUUGUUCCAGUAAUUCGUGCGUAAGAAUGAAAAAAAAAGUGAAUGUAUGUUGCGAUGAUGAGGAAUAGAGAUUAUAGUGCGAUUUUUUUGUAAUUGACUUUUUUUUAGAUGCCCUUUUUUUCUUUCUUUUUUUUGGAUCUCUUUAUUCGACGGUAAUGCGCAAAAUCAUGGGAAAGCCGAGUGAAAGGGUGAUAACGUAUACAGCUUUUCGAGGCGCAUCGCUUCUUCGAACUAUUCAAUUAUUAUUUAAUUCUUAAUUUUCAAUACUAUGCCAAUAAUGCUGAUAUGAAAAUUAUCAAUAUUCUUUCCAUCAAUCAGUUAUUUUUGCCAUAAUUAAAUAAUUUUGAAUAAUUCUCUCUCAAGAAUCAAAAUUUGAUUUUAUUCCAAAUUUGCUUUUUGAGAGACUAAUGCACCUCGAAAAGAAAAAUUGGGUCUAAUUUUGAUAGAAGGCAAAAGUCGAUAAUAUCGAAAUCAAUUUUAAUUUCCAUAUUAUCGAAAAGGAUUUUUUUCGAUUUUUCACAGAGUAAAAUCUGAAGAAAAUACCUUCGAUCAAAUAUAUCCAACGUUAUGUUAACAGAAAACAAGUGCGUUUCUCUUUUGAACAAAAAAGCCAUUGUCGAUUUUUGGAAAAGAUUUUUUUUUCACACUAUUGACCUCCGCGAUCAAAUUUCAUGUUUGCUGAUCAAUUUUUUUUUCUCUUUCAAAAAUUCGAUUGACACUUGACAAUACCGAGUUUAAUUCGGUAAAUCUCUUGUGCUCGUUUCUAUUUUUUGUAUACAAUGAAAUUAAAUUUUCAAAAACCAACAAAAAAAAGCAAACAAACAAAACAAUUGUGCGCACAGUGUUUCCAAAGUCCAUUUAUGUUUGUUCGUGUUAUGUGUUUGUUCUCAUUUUCGCUGUGAACCAAAAAAAAAAAAAAAAAAAUUAAAUAAAAAUAGUAAAAAAAAGACGCCAAUUUCACAGCGAAAAUGCGAAAUAGAAUCACUUUCAAAUGUGUCGACGAUCUCGAAGGCAGCAAAACAAUAUUUUUUUUCAGUCUUUCAAAAUAGUUUUUCUUUUCGUUAGUUGGGAACUCGAAAAUCAAUUUCUCCGCCGCUGAGUAAAGUUUCCCCGGGUGGUAAAUUUUAAUCAGAGGUGAAGGAAUCUGAGGGUGAUAUUAAUCAAAGAGUUCCGAUUUUUUUUUCUUUUUUUUUCUCUCCACACAUACAGUGAGUCAUUAGAAUGCGAUUAUUUUUUUUCUCUCAUUCCAACGACUCGCGAAUUUCUCGCAUUUAUAAUAUAUCGAAGAAAGACUGCAGCGAAUGAAUAAAUAGUUUUUAGCUUAUAAAUAAAUAAAUAAAUAAAUAAAUAUAUAGAUAGAUAAAUAUAUAUGUAUGUAUAUAUAUAGAAGAAUAAAUAUAUAUAUGCAUAUGUGUAUGUAUAUGAAAAUACGUAUUUAAGGUGAAUUUAAAGAGAUUGAAUAUUGCUGCCUUGGAGUAUCGAAUUUAUGACAAGCGAUAAUUAUGUUAUUAUUGAGCGAAUUUUGAUGAUUAUUUAUUUAUAAUAAUGAUGAUGAUGAAGAUGAUAGAUUAUGCCGAAGGUGAUAAUGCUGAUGACGAUGUAGAUGACGGUGACGACGAUGAAGAAAGUUUUCGAUAAUGUUUACUCUUAAAACAAUAAUAUAUUAUAUUAAUUAAAAAAGCAAACACUAUCACCCAAAUUAGGCUUUAAAUCAUCUGUCUCACUAUAAUUAAAACAAAUCGAAAUCAUGCGUUUAAAGAAAAAAUAUUUUAAGUGCAAAAAAUGACUGGAUAUUAAAGAAUAUAGAAAUUAAGAAAAUAAAAUAAAUAAAAUGAAUAAAGUGAAUGAAAUAAAUAUAAUAAAUUGAAAUGAAUAAAAUAAAUAUAUGAAAUAAAAUAAAUAAAAUGAAAUGAAGAAAAUAUUUGUAAUUAAAUUGAAAAAAAAAUUACUUGGGGGAAAUGGCAUUUUUUCUUCGAGUAAAAUUUUUUCACAGUCUUUUUUGUACUCUUGUGGACAUUACAGUCUGUUUUAUAUUAUAUAUUGUUUCCUCAAAGAGGAAGUAUUGUUUUUUUGGAAACGUCUUUUGUAUAGUUGAUGAAGUUAAAUUAUUUUUUUAUCCCUUUUGUUGUGUCUUGCGAAAAAUAAAAUAAAAAACCGUCAUCUCUUCGACUUCCACAGAAUGUAUUCCUUUACAAGCAAUAAGUUAAGGCGAAUAUUGUAAAGACUUCGAGUAUACCUUUUUUGUAUAAAAAAAGCCAGAUGUGUAUAUUUGUAGUAGUGUAAAAUUAAUAUUAUUAUUAAUAUUAUUACAAUGUAAAUAGAUGAAUUGUCAAUAUAACGAUGUCUCAAGAACGGCGGUGAACGAAUAAUAAUGAUGAUACAUUGAAGAAAAA